AUGGACGCCUUCGCCUCUCUCUCGCUCGCAUCCACGCUGAUGCAGUUCUCCGAAUACGCGAGUCGCCUACUCGAUCCCGCGCCGCAGCUCUACAAGCCAGCUCGCGGUUUCCCGACGGACAAGAUAUAUGUCGAAGCCCUCGUCCAGGACCUGCUCGCCCUCAAGCAGAGCCUCAGGCGACAGCCGCCCCCCAGACACACAUCGGCCAGCUACCAAGAUCCCAGGACAGAUAGUCCUACGGCGCUGGAAGUCCUCCACUCGCGCUCCCUAACGGUAGCGCAGGACCUCCUUGCCCAUCUAACUCGACUGCGCCACAGGGCCACAGGGGCCGUGCAACACGUUGAAACGCAACGCAAGACUACACCUGAUCGAUGGCGGUCCAUGCUGGGCGCUGAUGGCCUGGAAGCCAUGGACAGCCAGCAGCAGCCAGAGAUGAUGCAGUUCCAGACCUGGCACAGUUUUCACAGAGCGUUGCGCGCCACCUGGGAAAGGCAGGAGGAGAUAGUCACCCUGGAGGACAGUAUUUGGGGCAUCCGAAGAGGUAUUGAGUCCCGGAUACUGGUUUCAUUUCGCGAUGCUCUCGCUCAUCUCGCCAACUCGUUUUAUAAUAGCGAGGAGGCUUUCAUUACCCAGAUACAAGUCCAAUCUCAAAGGCUGCUACAGCUUGGCGAGUUCGAAAAGGUCUCCAACGACGACAAUGACCCCCUCGGCAUAUCGCUAGACGACAUCCUCCGGGGCAUCGGCUCCCUGCGGACCCCGGAGCACGGCACCAUCCGGAAAACGCCGCGAAUCGCCAACGCACGCGUCGAGAGCGAGCUCCACACCCUCAUCGUCGAGACGUGCAUCCUAGACAGCCUCGCCUUCACGUCCAUGAUCGAGCGCCGCGAGACCGUCGAGCGCGCCCACGCCCGCACCUUCAACUGGAUCUACCAGGACACCGACGCCGCGACGGCGGCGCCCGGCGGCGGCUUCGUCGACUGGUUGCGGCGCGGGCACGGCAUCUACUGGAUCAGCGGCAAGGUCGGCUGCGGCAAGUCGACGCUCAUCCGCUUCCUCUGCGAGAACGAGGCGACGCGGCGCGCGCUCGCCGCCUGGGCCGGCCGCACGACGCCCUGCGAACUGUACAGCUUCUUCUUCUGGAACAGCGGGGCCGAGAGCCAGCGCUCGCUCGCCGGGCUCCUCCGCUCGCUGCUGUUCGACAUGCUGCGGCGCCACCGCGGCCUGAUGCACCGCGUGGUACCCGAGGCCGUACGGGGCGCCUGGGCGGCGCGCGCCGAGGCGGCACUGGAAGGCAACCUGCCGUACGACUCCGCCCUGCUGCAGCCUCCGGAGCCGGACACUCUGACAGUCCCCGAACUCGAGGAUACCUUUCAGAGGACGCUCGAAGCCCUCACCGGCACCGGUGGGUUCUCGCUGUCGACAAAGCUGUGCUUCUUCAUCGACGGCCUGGACGAGUACGGCGCCGAGCACCCGGAGCUAGUCGGCCUGCUGAACCGGUGGGCCGCCCUACCCGGCGUCAAGUUCUGCCUCUCCAGCCGGCCGCUGCGCGUUUUCGAAGAGGCCUUUUCUGGGCUUCCCACCCUGCGGCUGCAGGAUCUGACGCACGGCGACCUGAGCCACUACGUCCGCGACCGCCUGUGCAGCCAGCCGCGCAUGCGGCAGCUCCUCCACCACCCACGCGCCGCCGCCGCCGCCGCCGAGGUGUCCACCCUAAUCCAGGACGCCGUCAGCAAGUCGCAGGGCGUCUUCCUGUGGGUCAAGCUCGCGGUGCAGUCGCUGGUGCUCGCGCUGCCGAGCUGCGACGACGGCGUGGCCGGCCUGAGGCGGCACGUCGACCGCCUCCCCGGCGACCUGGACGACCUGUUCGCGCACCUCAUCGCGCAUAGGGACCACGCGCACGCGGCGCGGCUCCUCCAGAUCUUCCUGGCGGCCCGGAGGCAGGCGCCGGAAAAGGUCACGCUCCUCCAACUGUCCCUCGCCGAUGACGAGGACGAGCUGCUGGCCGAGGACGCGCCCGUGAGAAGGAUGCCCAUCGCGGAGGUGGCAGCCCGCUGCCAGGCGACGGACGCGGAGCUGCAGGGCACCUGCGCGGGCUUGCUCGAGGCGCACGAGAGCAAGUACUCGAGCGCCGCGCCCGACGCCAAGGUGCUGGUCCUGCACCGCACCGUGUCCGACUGGCUCGCGCGGCCCGACGUGCAGGUGGCGCUCGUCGCGCAGACGGCCAGCGCCGCCGGCGGCCGCUUCAGCCCGUCCCUGGCACUCGUCCGGUCGCACGUGCUGCGCCUCAAGGGCCUUGACGUCGACUCCCGGCGGCCGCUCGACAUGGGCCUCGUCGCCGACGCCGUCGCGCACGCCCGCAACGCCGAGGAGGAGCUCGGCGCCGGCUUCCCCGCGCUGUUCGACCAGCUCGACCUCGCCGUCGCCUACCAGUUCCGCCAAGGCGACUGCCGCGCCGUCUACGGCGUCGACGACAACGACGACCUGUCGGACACGAGCAGCGACGACGGCGAAGCGGCGGAUACUGCAUCCGACGGAAGCGCCAGCCCCGCGGUGACGCCGUCGCAGCUAACGAGCUACCUGCAGUCGUACCGCGCGUCCAUGAUGGCCAGCCAGUCCGGCAUCUUCAGCACCAUGAGCCUCGGCCCGCGAUCCUCCCAGCGCCGGCCGCCACCGUCGCAGGCCACCGCCCCACUGCCCGAGAACGCGCUGGCCGCGUCGUACAUUGCGCACCGGGAGACACGCUUCAGCGGCGUCCACCAGGGCCUACCGCCGCCGCCGCCGCCGCAGCGCACCCGGCGGGUCGGCACCGACCACCACCACUGGGCGUGGUGCCUCGAAGUCUCCGUACUGAUACCGCUGCACGCCGCCGUCAGCUUCCACGACGUCGCACGCCUCGCCGGCCUGCGGCACUACACCGCCGCCAAGGCCGAUGCCUCCGCGCUUGACCGGGACGUCGCGCAGCACCUGCUACAUCGCGCCGUGACACCCGCCUCGGCGCGCCCCACCGCCGGCUCCGUCGUCGAUCCCGUCGCGGUCGCCGACCUGCUCGCAGGCGGCGCCGACCCCAACUUCGCCUUCAACGACGAGGGGCCGACGCCCUGGGAGGCAGCGCUGGCAGCCGCCGCCUCGCACUUUGCGGCAACGACGACCGCGCACAACGACAUAGUCUUGGGAGCAGAGGAGCUGGAGGCGGCCAAGGCGCGGCACAAGAAGGGCUGCGAGGACUGGAUUGCGGUGGUGGGUUCGUUCCUGCGGCACGGGGCCGACCCGUACGCCGAGGCCAGGGUGCUGGACCUGGACCGCCGCCCGGUCGUCUCCGCCUGCGAGGUGCUGGAGUCGUACGCGCCGCGGUUCCUGGAGGAGGAGGUGGUGGCCUUGAUGGAGCUUCUGGCGGAGAAGAGAGCAGAGGUUGACAGGAAGAAGAUUGCCAGGACGAGGACAUCCCCGGGUGUGGAUAUCGAGGGCAAGUCUCCUGUGCUGUCGUCGUCGUCGUCGGUCGCGUGGCCCAUGUCUUGGAUACCGAUCCGCGACAGCUUUGUCUAG